CAAUCCAAAGAUUGGUUCAUAGAUGAUCCAAAAUCUAAUCCAUGACCUCUCUCUCUUCUCCUCUGAAAAAAUCUCUUCCACUCCCAUGAAUUCAACAACAUACAGAACCAACGCACACUCUUCGCCACAUCCUUCGACAUUUUUCCCAGAACUGGGAAAAUGCAGAACCAUGCGAGACUUGAAGCAAGUACACGCCAAAUUGAUCAAAACCGGCCAAAUUCAUGACCCUCUCGCAGCAGCCCAAGUCCUCCGCAUUUGCGCACUCUCCGAACCUCCUCACCGCGACCUCGUAUACGCCCGUCUCGUGUUCGAUCAAAUGCCCCAACCCAAUUGCUUUUCCUGGAACACCAUCAUCAGAGCACUCUCCGAAAGCAACAAUGAAGAAGACCCAUUGGAGGCCUUAAUUCUAUUCAGUCAGAUGAUUCAGAAUCAGUUUGUCGAACCCAAUUGCUUCACAUUUCCUUCUGCUCUCAAGGCCUGUGCUCGAACGGGUCGGCUCGAAGAAGGUAAGCAACUUCAUUGUAUGAUAGUAAAGUAUGGUUUAGAUAGUGAUGAGUUUGUUCUCAGUAAUCUUGUAAGAAUGUAUGUUAUGUGUGGAGUCAUGAAUGAUGCUCAGGGACUGUUUGUGUCCAGCGUUGAGGUAGAAAAUUCGGAGAAGAGAAGAGAAGUGGGUAAUGUGGUUUUAUGGAAUGUGAUGGUUGACGGAUAUAUCAGACUUGGGGACUUUAAAGCUGCAAGGCAGUUGUUUGAUAAAAUGCCGCAAAGAAGUGUUGUGUCGUGGAAUUCCAUGAUUUCUGGGUAUGCACAGAAGGGGCAGUUUAAGGAGGCAAUAGACUUGUUUUGGGAAAUGCAGAUGGGGGAUGUGUGCCCAAAUUAUGUUACCUUGGUUAGUGUUCUUCCUGCAAUUUCACGGCUUGGGGCGCUUGAUUUGGGGAAAUGGGUACAUUUGUAUGCUGAGAAGAGCAAGAUUGAUAUUGAUGGGGUGCUCGGUUCUGCUUUGGUUGAUAUGUAUUCCAAGUGUGGGAGCUUUGAGAAGGCUAUUCAGGUCUUUGCGAGCCUACCUCAAAGAAAUGUCAUCACUUGGAAUGCUGUCAUCAGUGGGCUUGCAAUGCACGGUCAAGCAAAGGAUGCACUAAAUUAUUUUGCAAGGAUGGAACAAGCGGGAGUGACACCAAGCGAUGUAACAUACAUUGGUGUCCUGAGUGCAUGUAGCCAUGCAGGUUUGGUGCACGAGGGCAGGUCAAUUUUCAACCAGAUGGUCAGGGUUUCUGGCUUGGAACCAAGGAUUGAGCAUUAUGGGUGCAUGGUUGAUCUAUUAGGCCGUGCAGGUCUCCUAGGAGAGGCUGAAGAGCUCAUUCUGAAUAUGCCCAUCAAACCAGAUGACGUGAUACUGAAGGCUUUGCUUGGUGCUUGUAAGAUGCAUGGAAACGUUGAGAUGGGAGAACACAUAGCAAAACGUCUAAUGGAAAUGGCUCCUCGUGAUAGUGGAUCUUAUGUGGCACUGUCAAAUAUGUAUGCUUCUUUGGGACGCUGGCAGGAUGUUGCUGAGUUGAGACUGAAGAUGAAAGAGAUGGACAUAAGAAAAGAUCCCGGAUGUAGUUGGAUUGAGCUCGAUGGAGUGAUUCACGAGUUCCUUGUGGAAGACAGCUCCCAUCCAAGAGCAGAAGAGAUCCAUAUUAUGUUGGAAGAGAUGUCUAACCAAUUGAGUUUGGUAGGUUAUCGGCCAAACACUACACAGGUCUUCCUUAACAUUGAUGAUGAAGACAAGGAAAAUGCCUUACACUAUCACAGUGAGAAAAUCACAGUAGCCUUUGGCUUAAUUAGUACAGCCCCCCAAACACCACUUCGGAUAGUGAAGAACCUCCGAGUCUGUCACGAUUGUCAUGCUUCGUUAAAACUUUUUUCAAGAAUUUAUAAUCGCAGAAUAACAGUGAGAGAUCGAAAGCGCUUUCAUCAUUUUGAGAACGGAUCAUGUUCUUGCAUGGAGUACUGGUAAUUUCUUGAUGCUAGCUCUUCAAUUGACAUUUAUUUUGUUCAACAGUAAUAUCUGGUUGAACUAUACACAUAUUGGAAUAAAGUGUGGAAACUGUAUAACAUAUCCUCUUACAAAUACAUUUGGAAUUUUGAUGAACAACAUAAAAUUGAAUUUUUUAUGUUUAGGAAUGCUA